UAAUUUCCAAAGUGCCCCUCCAAAACAAAUUUGGUUUAUUUCAGUACCAUAUGAAAGAUCAUCGAAAAAAACAUGGGAGAUGAUAAUAAUUCCAAAUCAAAUGCUCUAAUUGUUGUGCAAUUUGCUUUCAAAACAUUAUAUAAAAGUGUUUGACGUCCGGACAUCACUUUUGACUUUCGACGGUUUAUUUUUUGAAUUUACGUGUUUAGCUCCCUCUAUGUCAUUUAACAACCAGCGUAUUUACAACGAGUGUUUGAGUUCGUUGGUACGUACAGUACUACAGGUAGCUAGCAGGCGGGUAUCCGACCGCGCGCUAGUAAUACAGUACAGCUGAUCAAUUCCAAUACGCUGCUUUCACGUAAAGUAUAACACACACAGCUCAUAUCAGCGCCGAUCGAACGCUAGACAGCUACAGACAAGCUUUGAUUGAAAUACGAUAACGAGAUCGAGAUUGGAAAAGGAGCUCGAGGUCACGGACGAUGGCCGACUCGGACUCGGGCUCGGACUCAGCUAGUGCUAAGCCUAAGGACAAGGCUAAGGCUACGCUAAAUCGGAAUAAGACUAAGUAAGACGGUAAGAGGAAGGAGAGAAACAAGCAAUGGCAGCUCGACCAUCCGGCCCAGAGGAGGCGCGGGAGUGGCUGUGAACAAGGCCAGGGUACGGCGGAGAAACUUCGCGAGCUGCAGGCGGCCUUCUCGUUGCCGAGUCUAGACUAGAGGAUGCAAUAGACAUGCCAGCUCACUGAGAGAUAUGAAGAACAGACAACACAAUCCAUCCCCACCGAAGAAAUUCCAAGCAGCAGUGGGGAAUUAGCAGGUGAAUAGUACAAGUCACCUUUGACCGCAAAUUCAUGGAGAACUUGGCCUACUCUGCUGAUUUGCUCGCUUCAGGCACACCAGCAUGCUCGAGUGUUUCCACAACCAUAUACUGAUGUAUGCUUCCAAGCGGUAUUCCUUUGACUACCCAGCAAACCGGGCAAGGAAUUUGCUUGCGGUCAUCGACUACAUGGCACACAAGGACAGGCCCGACCAGAUUGAUGAACAAGGCAAUACAAAAUAUGUUGCAGUAUGGUCAAAGCGUGCCAACAACUACGUGGCCCGGAAGGAGAAGGUCCCCAAGACCUACCCCUACAUGUAUGUACAAGGACUCAUCGGUGCGAUACUGGAACGCAGAGAACAGGACCAAGGACCACUGUUCUCGAAGGCUGUUCUGCUCCCUGAUGACCCUAGACACACAAGGCCCCGGCUUGCACCAUUUCCUCCACCACAAGUUGAUGUGAUCCUAGCCAGGAGACUAGGCCGAUUAGAGAAAUCCAUGUGAACAUUUGGGAUUGUCUGACUUGAGAACUGCUUUUUUUCGAGCAGAGACUAAGGGAUCCAAAUGGCGUCCUUCCGUCCAUCCUCCGUGACUGUACACAAAUUUGAAUGAAGUCUAAUGUGAAAUCUUACCUGCAAAAAUCAAUUAGGGUUGCUAACUUUCCAACCCUGCAUCUGUUUGUAACCAUACUUGAUUGGUACAUGUAGAUGCCCUUUAUUGGCCUCCAUGAUAUUCUGGAGUUGAAGGUCACAUAAGUAGGUGAAAGGUCAAAUGAGGUUCAUUGUUGCAUGAUUGCAUGCAAGACUCUUAAUCGCCUCGAUUUAAUUUGUCCAUGUGGCAUGUUUUUAGGCUAUCUUGAGGAUUGGUUGGAACUUAACAUUUUGGACUCAUUUGGUUGCUAAUGAUUUUGUGGUCCGGAGGUGAAAGAUUGCAUGGCUUAGCAUUACGAGCAUGUAUUCUUGAUAUGUCAGAGACCCUUUGACAAAAUACCACCAAACUUGAUACCAGAGUGUCCCUGGGGAUCAUGGGGAUGUGGUUAUCUGGAGAAAAAAAAUCACAUAACACAUGAUAUACAUGUACCAGAAAUAAAUUGUUAUUGUUGCUAGAUUAGCCACCAUGCUUGGCACUUGUAUAUUGUAUUACAAUAAGAGGUUGGCAAGUUUACAAAUGGAAGAAAUGUAGGAAUAUAAAAGACAAAUUGUGACAUCAGUGUAUAAAAGCUCUAUGUGAUUUAUACAAUUCAUAAUUUGUGAUAAAAUCAGUGCUUGCUCAUGUGGAAAUGGUGGAUAUUUCAAUUUGUAUCUAUUUGGCAACCUAUAUUCCUUGAAGAAGUUACGGUAGUAAUUAUAAAAUUUACAGCCAAGAGGUCAAACCAUGAGUCAACAAUGUGUUUGGUUUUAGUGACUGUGCAUGUAACUGAGGUGACAGUCGAUCAUGAAAAAGACUAUACUUCGGAACCUGUUGAAAAUCAACAUGGACAGAAGAAAGAUUUGUAGAAUAUCUUAUUGUAAAUAGUCUUCAUUUUUUGUUUAAUGCAAUCAAUGUGACUAAAAUAAUGCAAGCGAAAAAGAGAAAUGAUCACAAGACAGCAAAACAGUUGGUUUCAUGCAUCAUUUGAAUCAAUGAACGUGAAUCAGCUCAACGCCAAAGUAUUGCGGUUCAAGGUUAUAUCAUCAAGAGAUAUGCUGCCUGUAACUACUUUGUAGUUUGAAAGGGUGUAUAAAGGAAUAAGGAUACAGUUGGGCAGGCGAGUCUUUCUGUUGGUCUAUUGUAAAAAACUGGGUCAAAUUUUUUCCAAUUUUUUUGCAAAUUGUAAUAAAACUUGGUAUACCGAUUGACCCGAGGGUGUGCAAGACACAUUUGUUGUGUCUGUCUGUUAAGGUACCUCCAUGGUAACCAAGCUUUGCACAAAGAAUACAAUUUUGUUUUAAUAAUCUUGUGGAGCAUAUUCUUUCCAAGUUUUAGCAAUUUUAUAGUUUUGGUAUCUUUGAUGAGGCAUUAUAAUAACAGUAUAAAACUCAAUGCAUGUGCAGUGUGUAAAAUAAGUAUGUGAGCAAACUAUUGGAAGUAGUUUGAUCGAUUCAUAUGAAACUCAGUACACACAACGCAGAAUUGUCUUUUGUGUGCGUAUAGGACAUGACCAGUUUUGAAAUGUCUGUGCUAUUUUUUUGAAAAACCUUAUGUUGGAUGUUAAUCACUUGAGGUGAUAUUCAUAGUCGAGCAUUAGGGAAGAUGAAAGACAUAUAUGUACCUAACUAUACUUAAUUUUUUGCUGAAACUGAUAUGAUUCAGGAUUUGAGAUCGAUAUGGAGUAUGUAUACAUGUAUACUCGUACACAUUAAGGAAAAGAAUCACUCAGACAAUUUUUAAAGCAUUUAUAUAUAAAGUAAGAUGUGAAACUUAAAAGAUAAAACCAGUUAUGGUCAUGCGACUGCAUUGUGAAAGGAUUGUUGUGGAAUCGAUCAGAAAAGGUUGAUCAUCUAGCAUAUAAGUCUUGGUGUGUACUGCAAGGUUCUAGAAUCAUCGAAAUGAUAAAAAAAUUGGCCCAGUCUUGGUAAAGUUACAAGCACUGUACACAGAAAGAUGUAUAUGGGACUACGCACAAGUGCGCGACACAUGCGUUAUAUCUAUCAAGUCCAAAUAGAUAUAAUAAUUUACCAAAUAUAUCAAUUAGUAGGCAGUUUCUCGGCAAAAUUUGUAUGAUCACGUACUAGUCAAAACAUUGUGUGCGGGCAAGCACUGAAUCAAAUGACCGGGGUAAUAGUAUAUUUGUCAAGCGCGUAGAAACAUUACUGUUAUAGAUACUUUUCUUUGGUAAACUUAUCUACACAUUGCCUAUAGAGUAUGUCAAGUUUUUAUGAAAGACACAAGAUAAGAUGUAUAUAAAUAAGCAGUAACUAAUAAGUAACAAGACAUGGUGGUAUACAAAUAAAGUAUAUUGCUCCUUCUUAAUGACGACGGUUAAAGUUGUCAUAGCGAUAGAUGCUAAAUAAAAAUGUGCCUUUUUUAAUACACAUGAUCUGUUUGUAUGCAAUGGUUGAAAUCAACAUCACGUUUAAAUAUUGCCUUCAGUACAGCAAUUAUAAUUUGUAUUCAUCUCAAUAAUGUUGUGUAAAUUUAACUGUUAGUUAUGGCCGAAUAAAGCUUUCAAUGUACACCAUAAAAA